GACAGCAGCUGCAGUAAAUAUUCAACGAAGAAGAAGACAUCAGUAGUGUCAUGUAAUCAUAUCAUGACCAAGGUUAUCCCGAAUGUAGUGGAGUAAAAUAUGAAGAGCAUUUGAAGACAAUUAGUGUGUCGUCUUUUAUCGGAACCCAGGUAGCGAUGAGCGUCCCCUGUUUCUUGUCCGCCGCUGCCCGGAGCUUCAGCCUCUCCAGUCCGGCCACCGGUCUGCUCUGCUGCCGGCUACUGGGCCACAGCUCUUCCAUAAGAAGGAAUAUGUCCUCCAAAAGACAAAUGGACCAUUUAGAGAGGACAGCGAACAACUACAGACAAAAUACUCUGUAUCCAGCUGAAGUAUGUGGAAUCACAAACGAGUCGGACACAGUAAAACGAUUGAGAAUAGCCGUCCAUCCAGAUUUCAUCUUUAAAGCAGGGCAGUGGGUGGAUUUCUUCAUCCCUGGUGUGGAAACGGUGGGAGGUUUCUCCAUGUGCUCCAGCCCGGGUUUGCUGCAGCGGGAAGGCGUGAUUGAAUUGGCCGUCAAAUACGCCAAACACCCACCAGCACACUGGGUCCACACUACGUGUACAGUAGGCUCCAGUGUGGCCAUGCGUGUCGGUGGAGAAUUCUUCUUUGACCCAUCACCCUCUGACCCCUCCGUGGAUUUGCUGCUGGUGGCGGGUGGUGUAGGGAUCAACCCCCUGUACUCUAUUCUGCUCCACACGACAGAUCUGCUGCGUCUCAACCAAACCUCGGGUGGUCGUGAUUACGCCAUCGGCUCUGCACACCUCUGUUACAGCGCCAAGAACACCCAAGAACUGCUCUUCAAGAGCUCUAUCAUCGAGGCAUGUCGGGAGUUCCCUGACAAGUUCUCCUGCGAUUUCCACGUCACGCAACAGAGCACAGAUGUCGACCCACACCUCCAGCCAUUUAUCAAGCGCGGGAGAAUCGCAGAGGAGGAGUUGCGGGCUCAUGUGGACCCACAAAGGACUAUGUGUUACUUGUGCGGACCCCCGCCCAUGAUUGAAGCAAUUUCAAAAACCCUCAUGGACUUCGGUCUCCCAAAAGACAGGAUCCUCUUUGAGAAGUGGUGGUAGGACAUCCAAGGAUUCCUAGAAAGCAACCGGGCUUUCCUCCUUACAUGUACUCUCUCUUUUUUUUUUUUUUUUUGCAGCCACCAGGUGGAGGCUCUACAGGGUGUGGAAUGGAAAGUGACUGAAAUUUCCCCCUGAUUUGAAUAUUAAUACAAGUGAAUAGAUGAGAAAAUUCAUCCGAUCCCUGCUGCUGCAGCCUGUGCCUGAUCUGUGAUAGACUGCUGGGAACACCCACUCCUCAGCUAGCAGCUCACUCACAAAGACAAUAGAGAUUCAUUUUAUUUCUUAGAAUAUAAACAGGAAGACAUUUGCAACUUCCGUGCCCUCUUCUUGUGUAUAUUAGAUACUUUGUGACGCAAAUGUUGCAUAACUUCAAAAUCCAUUUGCAGUUCCAGCUAAUGCUUAGUGUAGCGUGCAUCAAAAUAUUAAUCUAUGCAAUGAUGUCCUAACGCAAUAGUUUGACAGUUUGGGAAAUAGGAUUUUGCGUUUUGGAAAUUAUUUAUUCUGCUUUACAUCUGGAAGUGUAAAAAUAGCAUGGUCUGGUUUUAUGAAGGGUCAUGUGGCACGGCAAGCCGGUUUAAAAUUCAGUUUUCAGUUGUAAUUACACUGUAGCUGGAUUUUCAUUUAAGAUAUCUAUACAUUAUACUGACUGGUCAAAAUGAGAGACUUAUCUGUAACUAAGUUUGACUUUCCACUGGAUAUCGAUUGUUCCAGCAAAGCAUUUGAACAGCGUGAACAGAAGUAACGGCAGCUGCUGUGGUGGAUAUGAUCAUGACGUACAAAGAGCUCAUCAGUAGGGAGUUUGUGGGAAAUGAGAGGUUUGUUCACUAAAAACGUGUGAUGAAAAUAGAUGGUAGAAAUCUGCUGUUACAGUUACAGUGUCAUAGUAUGUUUAAAAAGAAAGCUGGCCCCACCUCCGACUUUCUUUAGCUUCAUAUCUAACUACAGAUAUCUGCUACAUCGUUUCGCCCACUCUAAGCUUUUAUUUAAGAUAUCUGUAAUUAUGUUAUGACUGGGAAGAGUUGCAGUUUGACAUAUCUGCUGUCCCAUAUGCAUGAAUGGUGAUGUCAUUUGUCGGAGGAAAAGCGAUGCUGUAGAUAUCAGAAAUGACAAAUGUGGACAGGAAGCCCGACAUUGUGAAAUGUUCUUUUUGACUUGGAAGACUUGAAUUGUGGCUAUCUGCAAAAUAUAUCCAUUCCAGCUAUUAAAGAGAGACUCAGACCGAGAGCCACUCAACCCAGGAGAGGAAGAGCAAAAUGAGGAUGACGAUGAUGAUGCUGUCACAUCUCCAGAGCAGUUUAUACUACUAACACUAUGCCCAUGAUAAUUACUCUCUCUUUUUAGUAAAAUUUGGAAAAACAGUCCAGCACACACCCUUCAGUAACACUUCAAACUUGUUUUUUACUCUAUUUUAUGUAUGGGUGAAGCAGACCUCCUGAGGUGUGACGGACUGCACGACAUUUCUGGAGAAUUUACCAGUUUAUGUCACCUGUAUCCUUCCUGAGAGGCCUAUUCAUGCUUUCCGUGUCCACAGUAAAGUUAGACAAAGUUAUGCAGCUGCUUGUUUGAGCUUCGUAUUUAGUGGACAGAUGUGAGAAUGGUAUUAAUCUGCUUAUCUGCAGCAAGAGAGCAAAUUAGUUUAUUUCCCUAAAAUGUCAAACUAUUCCUUAGGACACAAUCAUUGCAAACAUGGCGAUCUGUACUGUUAUUUUACACUGUACUUACAUAUUUAAUAAGUAAUUUUCUGCUAACAAAAUACCUCGGGUGAGUUGGUAAAAGUUGUUUUUAGAAAUGUUGCACUUAAAUAUACAAGUAUUUAUUUGCAGAGCUGAAGACUUUGAAGUUGUUGGCUGAUAGGCUUGACUGAGUUACAUUGGAGCGAUUGUUUUUCACUGUUCAACUUCACACCACUGAGCGUAUUUUUAGAGUCAACACUUAACAGGCUCCCACAUAUUGGCUAGCAAUGAUAAACGGAAAGACAUCUGCAACUUCACUGCCCCCUUCGUGCGUACAAAUGGUGCACAUUCACACUGUUACACACAUACACAUCUCCUCUACACUCUCUGCUGCAAUCACACACAUCCACAUCCACAUAAACUGUUCCUCCCACAGUGCCCUGUAAUGGAACCUCCAGGUGGUCUGUCAUUGGCUUGGUUCACUGAACAUCCCUCGGAGAUGGUCGCGAGCUUCUCGUCGUCAUCUCAGUGGGGGUAGUGAUGUUGAGACUCGUUCUUGAGUUGUUUCUGCAUUUCUUCCUCAUAUGAGGAAAACCGUUUAUGACUGUAACACGAGGUUUGAAGGUAAUAAAGAAAAUAGAGACAA